AUGGAGGAUGAGUUGAAGCUUCAUGUAAGCAUUUAUAAAUGCAAAUUGGAGAAGAAAAUAAUUAUGAGGCAGAUGGAGGGAAGCUAUAUCGAUGAGUUCAACAACCUGCAAGCUUAUUGUCAUGAGCUCAAAACAUCCAAUCCUGGGUCGGAUGUCUCUCUUGAACUGAGUAAAGAUGCAUUAGACAAUGGAAAAAGGAUGUUCAAUAGACUCUAUAUAUGCUUUAAUGCUUUAAAGGGAAAUGCCAAUGGUAUAAUACUAACAGCGACUGGCUUAGAUGUUGAUGAUUUCUUGUAUCCCAUAGCAUUUGGGAUCACCCAGAAGGAAAACACUGUAAAUUGGAAAUGGUUUUUCCAGUGGUUACAAAAGUCAUUGGAUCUGAACAAUGGGGAGCGUGUGACCAUUAUGUCUGAUAUGCAAAAGGGGUUGCAUUUAGCUGUGUCGGAUGUAUUACCAGAAGCUGAGCAUAGAUUGUGUGCAAGACACAUUUAUGCUAAUUGGAGCAAGAGAUGGCAUAGUGGUCAGUUGAAGAAAACUUUCUUUGCAUGCGCAUGGAGCACGUUUGAGGAGCAAUUUGAUGACAAUUUGAGAGCAUUAGGAGCUUUGAGCAAAGAAGCAGAGCAGGCAGUUGUGAGUUACCCUCCUCCUAUAUACUUGCCUAUAAUUAGGAUGAUAGAUGGGAUUCGGAUAAAGAUGAUGUCUAAGUGGGCUGAGUCUGAGAGGCUAGCAGAAAAGUGGAAGGGAAAUUUUAGCCCUAAGUCUAUUGCUUUGUUUGAGGAGAAUAGGAACUUGUUCGUGCAUUGUAGGGUUGCCUUUAAUGGUGAUGAUGGGUACGAGGUAAAUGAGGGUGACAAUAGGCAUACUGUGUUCAUCAAUAGGAAACAACGCACGUGUAGAGCAUGGGACUUGACUGUGAGGGGCAAGGCAUUCUGGGGUAUUCAUAGGUUCCAGUCAUUGGAACCACCUCUAGUGUCUAACAUGCCAGGAAGACCAAGAAAGAAGAGGAUAAGGACAGAAGAGUCUGCGAGGAGAAGAAAAAUUGGCAAUCCAGGACAACCUGCACAGAAAAGUUCUCAGCAAAAUCCAGAUUUGCCUUUGCCUACACCUGACAAAUUAAGCAAGAGAAGAUCUACUGCCAAAUGCACCAUUUGUCAAAAAGAAGGCCAUAAUAGAGCAACUUGUCCAGAUAAACCACAAUCUAGUCUCAAAACACCAAGACCAAAAAGGCUGAGGCGUAGUCAAAGUAAAGCUCCUACUCAAGAGUCUCAAGCUACUUCAAGACCACGUGGGGGAGGGGCAUUUUAUAAGAAUAGGACAGAGAGUGGAAUGGGACUUAGAGUUGACUUGGACAGUGGACAAUGUGGGUAA